GUUCUGAGYCUAACAUAUAAAAAGGGGCGUCCCUCCUUUCCCGGUCUCACUCGACGCUUAUCGACACGUCUUUACGUUCUCCUGUUCUCCACAUAAGGACAAAAGUUACUUUGUGAAAAUGUCGGAUGAGGGUAAGCUGUUCAUCGGAGGUCUUAGCUUCGAGACCAACGAAGAUUCUUUGGCUGCAGCUUUCGGCAAAUACGGAACCAUCGAAAAAGUUGACGUGAUCAGAGACAAAGAGACAGGAAGAUCUCGUGGCUUCGGCUUUGUGAAGUACGACAAUGUUGAGGAUGCUAAAGAUGCUCUGGAUGCCAUGAACGGAAAGACACUUGACGGUCGGGCAAUUCGAGUUGAUGAGGCAGGAAAGGGUGGUCGCUCCAGAGGAGGCUUUAGCUCUGGCCCACGUGGAGGCAGAUUCAACUCAGGUGGCCGAGGGGGAAGGGGACGUGGCUUCUCCAGGGGUGGUGGCAGCUACGGCGACAGAAGCUACGGCGACAGGAGCUAUGGCGACAGGAGCUUCGGCGGUGGAGACAGAAGCUUUGGCGGCGGUGGAUACAGAAGUGGAGGAUAUUCUUCAGGUGGUUACAGGGACAACAGGGGACAGGGUGGAUAUGGUGACCGCUCUGGAUCCUAUCGCGACAGCUAUGACAGCUAUGGUAAGCAUCUUUUAUGYGACUAAAUGUAGCUAUUUUUGUGGGCUGUCAAACCUUAAGUGAUACCGUAUGUUGUAGUGCUUUACUAAAGACGUUGACAACUUGCCGUAGCACAAAUUUGGAGGAUUCUUUUGAAAAGUUUUCAAACURCCAUAUUCAAGUAAUAUUAAGGAUACCUUUUGUAGCCCUAAUAUUUAAGACUCAUGUGUGCCCCUCAGUUCUGUACCUGAGCCCAAGGUCGAGCCUCAUUGCAUACAGUUGCCUGUCUUUGCUGUCCCGUUCCACAMUGAAAGAGGCUGGCGGAGACAUUUAAGCUCUAAGGCAGAUGACAAUGCCACCUUCAAAAGUCGCUCACUUCUCAACUGAUGGAGCCCUUUGAGCAAAAAAAUCCAAGGGAGGGUUGUAGCACUAGCUCUAGUGGGUUGAAUGGAUAUUGUGAAACACCAGUGUCAACAUUCAGUGUCUUUACCUGUGCCCACUUCUUAUCCUCCAGCGACACACGAGUAAACCUCCCUGAUUCAAGAUUCAUCACUUGGCUGGCCGUAUUUGAAAGCUGUGCUCCUCAAGGAAAAAAAAACAUGUCCACGUGUAUUAUGUAGUUCUGUUGUAGAAGCUUGGCAUCUGACUUAAAUGUAGCCAUGAGUUUUGGUUAUUUCUCAACCAUGUUACAAAUUAAAAUUCAGUCUUGCUCAAUUGACCACUCCCAUCGUUCAAAACAUCUGUAUGAUCUCACUACUGUACGGUCCCCUUUUAUUAACGUGGGGAUAAAACAGCUAUCCACAUUGCUUUCUGUCGAUCAGUUAAUCAGCUAAUUUCUUUUGUCCAGCACUUUAAAGUGUUUUGUUUUUUAUAAGAUCUUAAAUGGGGCUUUUUUUUUGUUAUCCUUGUUGAUAAACUGACCUACCUCCUACCAAAUCUUUAAACUGAGGAAAGAACUAGCAUUCUCAGAUUAACCUUUGGGGGAUUUUAUUGUUAAAUUUCUUAAACUAUUGAGAACCUUAGCUUACCCAAGGCUCAUUUUGUGUUCAAUCUCCCAAAAGAGUGAAUUCCUGGUGAACUACACAUCCGAAGUGGCCGGCUGUUCAUGAAGUUGCAAAAUGCAGCAUGCUACAGUCUGCCCAAGGUAUCUUCUGUGCUCUGCUCAACAUCUGCAUCUUAAAUGUGCUGUAAAUGGACUCUUGUUUAAAGUGAUCAGAAAAUGUAACUUCGUUACCAGAGUAAACUGAACGGGAACAGUU